UCCCCCCCCAGGGUCUCAUUUUUGUGGUAGAUAGCAAUGACAGAGAGAGAAUUCAAGAAGCAGCAGAAGAACUGCAGAAAAUGCUUCAAGAAGACGAGUUGAGAGAUGCGGUGCUCCUUAUCUUUGCAAACAAACAAGACUUGCCAAAUGCCAUGGCAAUCAGUGAAAUGACAGAUAAACUAGGCCUUCAGUCCCUGCGUAAUAGAACUUGGUAUGUUCAGGCUACCUGUGCUACACAAGGUACUGGUCUAUACGAGGGACUUGAUUGGCUGUCAAACGAGCUAUCAAAGCGUUAACUGCAACUGGAUGACUUUCGCACCAAGGACACGUUUGAUAUAAGUGGUCUAGGCUUGUUACAUCAAAAUUAGCUGCAUCUUGGUUAAUAUACAGUAUCUGGAACUGAUUUGGGCAGGAUAUUACAGCAUUUUUACUUAUUUUGUUGCCAAUUAUUGUUCUCCAAGCUAUAUGUUGCCAAGGUGACAAUAGGCUUGGAUUAAAAAGAGAAACUCCUUAAUUUGGAAAAAGUGUAUCUUCUGAUUUUUCCUUUUGUUGUUAGCCUAAAUGCCUGAAUAUAGUUGUGACUUUGAAAUCUAUUGAAUGCUUAUUGAGCCCCAAUUCAAUUUAAGUAUAUUUAAGACCCCUCUUAUCUCUUAAGUUACCAAUACCUUGUUUCAUUCCAUAAGACAGUCUGCUGAUUUAAUCUACCAUUCCAUUUAUAUUUAUUUCUCUCCCUUAUAAAAACACUUCCUGAUGUUGCCAAGAAUUCUCUAAAACACUAUUCAAAUCUUCUGCACUGAGGAACAUUUUAUUAACUUCCCCUCCCAAUUGACCCACUUUUGCCUUUGUGUGAACUCAGCCUAAUACUUACUGUGCUGGUUGCAACAAGCUCAUUGGAGUUUUUAAAUAUUCAGCAGAUUGUCUCUUUUUCUUUUUGCAUGUUGCUUUCAGUAUCAGCCUGUUUUGCCCAGUGUAUAAUAGUUCUGCUAAAGUUUUACUGUUUAUUGGUGAACAUAUCUUCAUGAAGAGAUUUUGAAAAUUCUUCAGACUUGAUGGAUUAAUUUCUUUAUAACCUAUUCAGAAUUAUUCCUAAUUAAAAUGAUACAAAUGUAUAGCUUUGUGUAUGCUCCUUGAAUUUUACGUUUGUGGAACUGAUAAUAUGAAUGUGUGACAGAUUCUUUUUCAAUAAACGGAGUUUUUUCUGUACCUUGAACACAAACAGAUCUGAAUAGAUUUUGAAUUGUUUUCAAUUUGGCAAAAAAAUUAAGAUGGGCAGUUAAAGUUGUGUACAACAUAACUGAUUAAUUAUCAAAGGUAAAUCCUGUAAAAGUGUUUUGAAGCUGUAAAUCUAAAUCCUUUUAAGAUGUCCAGAUAUGAGAGUACUUAGAGUUCAGAAUGGUAAUAAAGUUCAAACUGCCCAAAG